AUGAACUACCUGGACUUCUCUGGUCGCACAGUCCACACGUUUGUGGACACUUGUUUGCCAAAUCAAGAGUUUUGCUCCACUCUUCGUCAGCGCAAUAAGUUUGAAUACGUCACAUUCAUAGACUUUGCUGAUGCUGGCGGUAAUCAUACACUUCCCGAAUCUUCCAUCGUUCUUAAUGGCAAUGCUAAGGACGAUGGCAGCAUUGUUAGCUACCAGUGGACACAAGUCUCAGGUCCUGCAAAUGCUUUGUUGGUGAAUGCCGACAAAGCCAAAGCAACAGCAUCGGGGCUGAUAGAGGGUCAUUACGUGUUUAUGCCGUUGUGGAAGACGAUGGAGAUAAAAAUGAACCCCCAGUUGCGCGAGCCUUCAAUGCCACUGAUCCUCAUUGUGGGAGUGGCGUUUGCUGCUGAUUGGAAAGUGGCUAAUGUCGAGAGGACUAUCGAUCUGUCAUCUCAGACGAUUUUACCAGCGUCGGCCAAGGAUAUAUACUAUAGAGAUGAGAUUGGAAACAUAUCAACAUCAGCUGUGCGACUUCGCGCUGAUUCUGUUGAUGUCGAACUGAAACCGAGUUACAUAUUCCCGCUUUUUGGAGGAUGGCGCACUUCCUACGUUAUCGGUUAUAAUGUGCCUUCUUUCGAAUGUCUUUACAAUAAGGGCAAUAAUUAUGCGCUAAAAAUGAGAGUUCUCGACCAUAUUUUUGACAAUGCUGUGGUUGAAAAGCUUACGACGAAGAUCAUCCUGCCAGAAAUGAUAAGCUGUUUUACGAUUGAGUUCUCGCAAAUGAUCCGCGAACCAUUGCUCGCCACGGCAUUUUUCUUUGCACUCUUUACCGUUGUAAUUAUCUAUGUGCGGUUCGAUUUCACAAUCGUUGCGGGAGCAGAUGAGGAGCGCAAUUUACGACGAGCAUCUCUAGCACUGGCUCAUCAAAACAACAAAUUCAAUCUUGGCGCUGUUCCCGAUGACAUCAGUGGAGAAAAUUCGUUCUUCAAAUAUGCAAGCAAAUAA